ACUUCACAGUUCACAAAUCAGAAAUCACAAUAUGUCUGCGGGUUGUUGUUUUACGUGUACAUAUAUUAAUUGUAAAAUAAUAUUUUACCAGUGUUAUUAUUAGUAGUUUAUAGUGAAGAAAUUAUCAAAUAUCAAUUUACUACCAUGAUCUUAAAUCGUUUUCUAUAACGUGUAAUUACCGAAGUACCAAGAAGCUGAAGACCUUCACUGCAACUACUGGUAUAAUGGAGGCUCAAGAUCAAAUGGAGUUGAAAUACAAUCCUGGCAAUGAAGUUGGAGGCUUGGAGCUGUGUAUUGUAUGUGGGGACAGAGCCUCGGGAAGACAUUAUGGUGCCAUCAGCUGUGAAGGUUGCAAGGGCUUUUUCAAACGGUCCAUUCGCAAGAAACUAGGCUAUCAGUGUCGGGGCAGCAUGAACUGUGAGGUGACCAAACAUCACAGGAACAGAUGUCAGUACUGCAGGCUGCAGAAAUGUUUAGCCUGUGGAAUGCGGAGUGACUCGGUCCAACAUGAACGCAAGCCGAUUGUCGACAAAGUGAAAGGAGAGAGAGAACAGGAGAGGCAGGCGUACUCCAAGCUGCUCGGCCUGGUUAACCAUUCGCAGAGUCAGAUCAACCCCAAGGAUGAGCCCAACGACGGGUUCGGUGCCGUGUCACCAGCGCCCGCUAUCAACUUCGCGCUGGCAGCCGCUGUCGCCUUCAACAAGGGAAACCCUGGAGUGUCGCCUUAUCUCGGCGGCACGAGUGACGUGGAGGGAGCGAGACGGCAACAAAUAAUGUUGCAGACACAGCUCGCUAAGAACCUCUUCAAAAUGGGACAAUUUGGUGCAAUUAACGAGUAUCUUCAGAGCGCGUACGGCGCGACUCCGCCCGAACCGCUCGCGUCCCUCCACGCGCCGAUACUCGCCCCGCCCACGGCGCCUAGCGACACCUACAAUGAGGGUGAAGAUUUGGGCAUAUUGAGCAGUCCGGAAAGUAUCGAGCUGCCACUCUCGUUGGCCGGAGUAGGUGUGGGCAGCGCCGGUGGCGGAGCGCUACGCUUGCACGCCGCCUGCGAGGGCGGAGCCCGACUACUUGGUGCCCUGGCCCGCUGGGUUCUGGCGUUGCCCUGCGUCACAGCGCUACCGUUUGAGAUCCAAGUGUCGCUGCUCCGCAAGUGCUGGCCGGAGGUGUUCGUGCUGGGUCUGUGCCGGUGGGCGCCGGCCAUGGGGCUGGAGUCCCUGCUGCCACUCAUGUCCUCGCACCUGCAGGCGGAGCUGAGGAAGCGAGCUGAUCGACCCGCGCAUCGCACAGACACCGCCGCCAACGCUGAGAUAACAAUAUCGGACUACAGUGACGAGCGCAUCGCUGAGAUAUCCACGAUGCUGUCGCGCCUGCACCAGGUGAUCACCCACAUGACAGCGCUCAGGGUCACCGAAAGGGAGCACGCACACCUACGGGCGCUCUGCCUGUUCUCGCCCGACGGUGCUCCGGAGUUCCUGUGCCGCAAGCUGCAGGAGUACCAGCAGCGGGUGGUUCGCUCGCUGAAGGGUCUCUGUGAUGAGGAGCGUGCACUCAGCCUUGUGCUGCAGCUGCCAGCACUUCGCAGCUUCACCGCCACCUUCGUGGAGGACGUGUUCUUUGUCGGCUUCGUCGGUGACGUCAGCAUCGAUGACGUCAUUCCCUACCUGCUCAACGCCGAGCGAUGACUCCUCUACUAUACUUCAUGUACGAUUUUAUACGCUUUACAACAAUUACCAGUAGACUCUCUGGUAACCGGAUGGAACCUAUAUUUCUAAGACUCUACUGAACAUAUUCGCUAAAAAGUUAAACAAAAUCCCCCUUAUUCAUAAUGGUCCGCUAACUUUAAACAGCCGCUUAGGAGUGUUUUUUCUCAUUCUGACUCAGGUCAAUAGAAGAAGACAGAGUGAGAAUUUGCAAUGCUUUAAGUUAGCAGACUAUUAUGAAUCAGGGGGAAUAUGUUGAACACUUGUUUUAAAGAAGUUGUAAGUAUUACAACUCCGUGUUUUUCUGUUGUUUAGCGUCAACCUUUAGACGUCGCUUAGAAAGUUUUUUUUAUGAUAAUAAGGGACGAGGCGAGCAGGACGUUCAGCUGUAGGUAUUUGAUACGCCCUGCUUAUUAUAUAGCAGUGCCGCUCCAGAUUCUUGAAAAACCCAAAAAUUCUGACCGGCAAUUGUGCUGGUCACCUUGAGAUUAUCUGAAGAUGUUAAGUCUCAUUUGCCCAGUUAUAUCACUAGCUACCUUCAUACCAAGACACAAUAAUGCUUACACAUUACUGCUUCACGGCAGAAAAAGGUGCCGUUGUUGUACUCAUAACCUAGUCGGCAUCCUAUGCAAAGGAGCCUCCCAAUGGUACUUUAAUUAGUUAGACAUUGUUAAAGCCAUGUUUAAAUUAUUUUUUGUAAUAACACCGUUUGAUUAUGUCUAUGAGCGGUGUGUCAUAGAUCGCUGUAGUAACUUCAAAGUAAAUUGAAUGAAUCGUAACUAAGCUGAAAUUUUGAUGGCGAAUUAAAAAAUGGAUGCUACGAAAAUUAAACAAAAUAUGUUUCUCUAACAACAGUAUUUAACAUUCGAAAUGAUACGUCUUGCAUCAUGGUACGAAAUUUUCAAAGUGUAUGAAUUGACCAUUUUUAUAUGAUACCCACCAAUACAAGCGGGGGAAUCCCUUGUUAAUAGUUGCAAGUGUAACAGCUUAAUACUGACUUAAUGUUGUACUUACUAAUAAAAUACAAAAUGAGCUUCUUCCAUAGCAGAUUUACUGACGAAUUAAAAGAUACAAUUUGCAUCAGAAAAAAGAUGUGAAAUACUUAUUCUUAUGCAAUGUUUAUUAAGAUUAACAAAUUACUCUGCAUGUAUGCUGCAGGAAAGUUGUAUGGAAAUAUAUUAAUAUUCGUAAAAAAAAAAUCUAAUGUGUUCCUCUUUUGAACUGGCCUGUAAAAAUUGAUAUACAGUGUAUGUGAUAGCCUUUAAAAUCUUACAUAGUCUUUGGAUAGUGCUCAUGGGAAUUGCUACCAUUCUCCCCUUAGUGGCAAUUGUACAAUUUCAAGUUCUGUGAGUUUACAAUAUGGGGAACAAUCUUCCACAAGAAAUUUACGGUGUGGAACAGACAACGGUUAACCGGGCAUUAGAUAUAAUAAAAAGAUAUUCAAAUUGGAUAAAUUUUGUAUUGAUUAGGUAUAUAAAUGUUUAAUAUUCAUAGUAAGAUCAUGAGAAAAAGAAGAUAUAUUUUAUAUAAAGAUAUGACAGUCAGUUUUUAUAAUGACAUCAUUUAGUUAAUCUGCAUAAUUAUAAGUAAAUAAGUAUAUUUUUAUUACAAUAUUGUAAGUAGCAAUAUUAUGAUAAGGUGCUGAAUUUAAUUGAAUAAUUUUAAGUCCAUUUUGAUGAAUUCUACUGUAGUAUUUAUAAAUAUGUUUUUUUAAAAAUACGUGUAUGAAAAUUGUUAUGAUUAAGUAUUAAAUUAUCAUUGAAUGUGAAUUUGCUGUUGAAAACUUGCUUAAGUUUCUUCUGCUUGUAGUUAACUAUUCAUACUUAGUUAUAGUUCAUUUAAAUCAAGUUAUUCCUCUAUAAUAUCGCUGUACCGUCCAUAUUGAAUUUGUGAAGUCAACUUGCACAGAUGUCAUUUAAACAGUAAUGACACUUGGUGUCAUCUACAUGUACAUGUCAAGAUAUAUUCAUAUUAAGUCAUGAUGAUGUCAUUUAAAUGUUAUUUUUUUUAAAUGCUUAAAUAAUAUUUUUAAUACUAGCAAUAUUGAAAUGAUACUUUUAAGGCAGGCUAUGUUGAUAACUUAUUAUUUUACCUGACAUGUGAAUUUGUUAAUUGCUAGGUAGGUAGUAUGUUACUACCAAGGUUAAAGUUUAUUAAGAGAAUAUUCUCUGUAGUUUUAUGAAUUAAAAAAUUAUUAUAUUAAUAUUACAAUGGCAUGUAGACCAUUCCUUGAUUCAUGUUACAUUCACAAUCAGAAGUUAUAAGUAUCAGUCUGUAUGUUAUAUGGCCACAAGUAACUUGUACAAUAUGAUGUAUAUACUACAUUGGUACUUUUAAGGUUAAGUACCUUAAGGAACAUAUGAUAUUUUAUGAUUUUUACCUUAAGAUAACAAAUUCGAGUUAUUUGUUUUCCAGCAAGUCGCAGCAAAUGCAUAGUUUGUAAAAAAAAAUUGUCCUAAAGACAAUAAUUUUAAAAUUAAAGAUUUAUUGUUCAACACUAAUGGGCAAAAAAAAUCGAAUCGCAAAAAUUUUUUGAGAUUCUGCCAUGGUUCUUUCAGCACCUCAAGAAUAUCACAAGUUUUCUCUUCUACAGUCUAAAAUGUGUGAACCUAUGGCAGUUCCAAGUUUCCUGAGAGUUGGCUUAUGAUAGAUGUAUUGAACAAUUACCCUUUUAAUGACUAAAUAGCAUUUGUCCAAGUUGGAUUCAGAUAAUAUUAAUUUUAAUCAUAUAGAUGAUUGUUAUAAGUGCCUUUCUUAAUAUUAAAUAAAUUAAUAAAUACAUACUUUUACAA